UGGAGACUCAACCCACAGUACAGAAGAAGGAAAGAUCGAGAGAGAAAAGAGCAGAGAGAUAAUGCUCGCAACCUCCUGUUCUUCAUUAAAAUACGAACAGACCCUAGGCACUUAAUAGAGCAUAUACGGGAAAUAUGGAGAAAUGUGGUUUCCCAAAUGGGAAUAAGAAGGAUCUCCACACAAGGCUAUGAGUCCAUCAGACCUUCCUCCAUCAUUAAAAUUCUGUAAUUACACACCUGCCGCCACCAAGACCACCACCUGCUUUCUCCAGAUGUCCCAGGAAACAUGGGUAGUGUCAGCAGUUUGAUAUCAGGCCAUAGCCUCCACAGCAAACACUGCAAAGCUUCUGAAAACAAAGUCAAAAAGGGGCUUCAGUCUAAGAAAACAGGCCGUAGCUUGGAUGGCCUUCUGAAGUAUGGCUUCUCUCAGGACCACUGCAGCACCAACAACAACUCAAAAGUCAGCUAUCAUUCAGGCAAAAAUGAUGACUUCUUUUACAUCAAGGUCAGCAACAAGCCCCGAACUGCUAAUGGUAAUACAGCUGAAGACAGUCAAGGAAGAACAGCUGAGAUGGACAAUGAGGUGGACAGGAGAGGAGGGCCACCAGAAUUAGUUCCGCUGUCUGGAAAACUAGAAAAGAGUAUAGAGAAUGCUUUAAUUCGACCCACCGCCUUCAAGCCUGUUCUUCCUCGAAGCAGCAGUUCCUCGGUGGAGACUCAUAACAACUUGAGCACUAUCCUGGGCAAAAGAAUUAGUCCUAUAGACAGGCUAAAAGAUCUUCAGGACCCCAAGGUGGAGACAAAUUCUGGUACCUUCUCUGACUCUGGAAGAAACUCUAUGUCCAGCCUGCCCACUCACAGCACCAGUGGCAGCAGCCAGAUGGACAACCUAAGCACUUCAACUAACCACAUGGUACGACAUGGGGGCCUUGCCCAAAACAUGGACACAUCUCAAAACCCACAGGGGGGUGUAGCAGGCAUGAAUGGAAACUCUGGAUCCAGUUGGAUGUGUAGUGGGACUAAUGGUGGAAACAGUUGGACCAAUGGAUUUUGUGAAACAAACAGAAAUAGUGAUUUGACGAAUGUCAAUACAAGAUCCAUUGGUGUCCUAAGUGAAAGUGUGGCAGCAGCAAUAAGUAUGAACAGAGAGAUAACUGCUGCAGCGCUGACGGUUUCAUCCACAGAGCCAAAGAUGGACUUCUCUGGAAACCAAGAGAUGCUUCUGGAACACAGAUUUACAAUUUCAGAGCAAAGCCCGACCAAACCAUCAUCUUCUGGGGGCUGUGUCCGAUCACCACUUUCAAUGGAUGAAUCGCUGAUACAGCAGCUGGAGCGGAAGCUUCUAGAACGUGAAAGCGAGCUGGCAGAGUUACAAACGAGCCUUGACGAGAAAGAGUCAGACACAUGUCAUCUAUUUGAGGAGAAGCAACGCUACUGUGCUGAGGAGAUGGAGGGGUUGAAACAACGCUGUUCUACAAAACUGCGUCAGGUGUCUCAGAGGGCUUUGAGAGCCCAACAGUUAUUGCAGCUUCAGGUGAUACAGCUUCAACAGGACAAGGAACGUCUGCAGGAGGAGGUGGACCAGCUUAACCGUGACCGGGACACUGCAGAAAGCCGACUUCAAAUCUAUGAGAGCCAGAAAAACCUAGUACCCACUCUAGAAGAGACUCAGUGGGAGGUGUGCCAGAAGUCAGGUGAGAUUUCUCUGCUAAAGCAGCAACUUAGGGACUCCCAGGCCGAUGUUGGAAACAAACUCAGUGAAAUUGUCGGUCUCAAAGCCUCUCUGAAGGAUUCCAGAUCCAAGAUGGAAGAACUGGAAAAGAAGAUCAAGGAGUACGAGGAAGCACUUCACCAGCGGAGUGCUGAGGUUGAGGUAUCUAAAAAUGAGUUUCAAAGAAAGAAGAAUGAAGCUGACCUCCUCAGGGAGAAGGUGAACAUGCUGGAAACUGACAUAAAGGGCAUGAAGCAGGACUUAGCAAUGGCCAAAGAGGAACAACAGCAGCUAAUGACCAUGAGAGCCAAAGUUGAGGAGCAACAGCUGCAACUGCAGAUAAGCCAAGCCCGGAUGGAGGCCUUUGGAACUGGUCAACCCAAAUUGAAAGCCCAGGAUGGAACAAGUGCCAGUAAAACACUGAAUCAUAACAGAGGGACUGCAGACUUGGAUGCCCUACAGAAGGAGGUGGAGAGGCUAAGAGGAGAACUGAAGGAAGAGAAGCAAAAGAAACAAAAGAUGAUAAACAGCUUCCAGCAGGAAAGACAGACAUGGAACAAAGAGAAAGACAAAGUAAUUAGAUACCAAAAGCAGUUGCAGUACAAUUACCUACAGAUGUACAAAAAAAACAAGGACUUGGAGAAGAUUCUGAGGGAGCUAACAGCUGAGAUGGACAGCCGGACAGAGAUGGACAUGGAUAACCAUGACCUGAACUUUGAUAAAAUUGUAGCCACAGAGAUAUGAGGUCAUAGAGAACGAAUGUUUUCACAAUUAAAUGGUCUUAAAAGGGUGAAUGUACUAGUGGAUGGAGUAAAAGGAAGAAACAUGAUGUCACAGGAGAUUUUAAGAUGUCAGGAGAUGCUCGAAACUUAAGAGCAUAACAUCACUUGUACAUACCACCAAACCUUUUCUCCUUUUAGAUCUACCACUUAACUUAAAAUCUUUGGAUGUCAACCAUGUGCAUUUAAGUUCCUAUUAAAGGUGCAGUAAGCAAUUUUGUUUAUUAGAAUGACACUCUUACUUGACCAAAUUAGUGUUCCCAUAAACCAUCACAUCUGUUUCUGUGUCAGAUGGAAAUUCUGUAAACUCCAAAUAAUUGACCACGGUCAGAUUCUUUGUUAAGCCAUUUAAGCAUUUUCUGCCUGUCAGUCAUUUUGUGCAUUCAUAGGGCGGGCAGUGAAUAGAAAGCAGGUGUCUAGGAGUGUGGCAGUUGAAGAUUUGAAUAAUUCAAGUUAAGCACCAUUAUAAGUUUCAUAAGCAGUUUACAGUUGUUACAAUUUUGUUAGCAUUUAGUUUGGCAACAAUGAGAUGUGCUACUUUUUUUCCUGCUAAUCUCUAAUUACAAUGAUAAGAGUUCCAGAAAGUGUGUGCAGGUCUAAAUUAGAGAUUAAUUCUGCAGAAGUUCCAGAACAGCUAACAUUGCUUACAGCACUUUUAAUCUGUGCACAUCCUACCAAACGCUUUACCUUCCACUAAUUCAAACAAUCCAACGCUUCUUGCCUAAACCUCAAGCAAUUGUACAGUCUCACUACAGGAUGACAAAGUGAUAUGAAUGUUCUAUUUGCUGUAAUUGCUAGUUUUGCACUCUCUCUUUCUUUUUAUAUGACAAGAAUCUUUAUCACCAGUGUCUUGGCAGACAGGCUCAUCGAAACAAUCUGUUUACAGGAAUAUAGUAGCUUGUACAGUGAGACAAUGUCAUGUUGAAUGCAAAUGCACUGUUCACAAAUGUCCAGAUACAUAUUUAAUUGUUAAUCUAAAUUAUUUCAUAAUUCCUUCACAGUUUUUUUAACUGAACACUUCUGCUACCAGUACAAUACUAUCACCUUUGAACCAUAGACAUUGUACAGUUUCUUUUGGAGUAUGGUCAAGUCACUUUCACUCACAGACACGUCAGAUUUGUACAGGAUAACUACAGGAAUAGAUCAUUUUGAAUUUUGUUUUUUUUUUUUCAUUUAAAGAAAAGAAAAGAAAAUGCUCCAAAAAACACAAAAUUGGUCACUCAUAUAUUCCUUUUGUCAAAACUCUCAAAUCCGGGUCUUAAAAUUGAUUGGACAACUCUUCAGUAGAAGUACUGAAUUUCAAUUAGUUAUCACACCACAAUGCUAUCUAUAAAAUGAUUUAUCUAGCUAGGAGAUAGUACAAUUGUAUGUUAAACAGAGAUAAAACAAGGUUUUUUUUUUAUCUUUUGUACAUCUACUGCAGAAAAACAGGUGAUGAAACAUGGCGGCGAUAACAGAGUAGUGUAUUCUCCUUUAUAGCACUUAGAUGUAAUACAAUACAAUACUUAACUGGUCACAGGACAGCUUUUUCUAGCAAUGUUGCUUAAAAUGGCAAACAGAAAGACUGAAGUGGGCAGCACACUGGGACUGUUUCCGUUUUUCAUUGCACAAAUUUGUUACCCAAUGUUUCAUCAUACAACAACUUCCAAAAAGCUGCCUUGUAAGUUAUCAUCCCUAGAGCUUCCAGGAGUUUUGAUUUGACAACAAUAAACCGAUAAUCAUAUUAUUGAUGGUACAGGGUUGUGGGAUGUAAGGCUGUCUCUCGAUGCAUUUGAAUGCAUGUAU